AUGCUCGCGGCACCAUGGAUCUGCCGCAGCUGCGCCCGGGCGCUGCGCCGCUCCCCCGCGCGCCAUCCACUCGCGCGCUACGCAUCGAGCAGCAGUUCCAAUGACGCCGCCGCCGCCUCCGCCCUCGCGCCCAGCCUCCUCCGCCGCGCGCAGUCCCUCGCCGCCGAGCACGACACCCUCCAGCGGGCCCUCAGCUCCGACACCGCCGCCUUCGACGCCGCCAAGGCCCGCCGCGCAGGCGAGCUCUCGCGCGUCGCCGCCGCCCUCGCCGCGUGGACGUCCGCCCGCGCCUCCGUCGCCGAGCUCGCCGCCCUGGCCGCCGACCCGGACGGCACGGACCCGGACCUCGCCGCCAUCGCGCGCGACGACCUCGCCCCCGAGCAGGCCCGUCUCGAGGGCCUCGAGCGCGCCCUCUCCGCGGCCCUCACCCCGCGCCACCCCUUCGCCCACCUCCCCUGCAUGCUCGAGUUCCGCCCCGGCCCCGGCGGCCUCGAGGGACGGUACUUUACCGACUCGCUGUUCAAGAUGUACAGUGCGCUGUGUGCGCGCAGGGGGUACCGCGCGAAUGUUCUUAAAUAUGAGCUGGCGGAUGCGGCGGGCGAUCAGUCUUCUUCGGCGGGCGAGCAGCCGCUUCAGGAGGCGGUCCUUGAGGUGCAGGACCCGGGCGCGUAUGACAUCUUUCGCGGCGAGGCGGGCAUGCACCGCGUGCAGCGCAUCCCCAGCACGGAGAGCAAAGGCCGCGUGCACACCUCCGCCGUGGCCGUCUGGGUGCUGCCGUCCUUUGCCGACAGCAGCAACAACAACAACGGCGGGGGAGGGUCUGGCGCAGAUGUCAUCGACGUCGACGACCCGGAGAGCGACUUCUACGUCAACCCGGCCGACGUGCGCGUCGAGACGAUGCGCGCCCGCGGCGCCGGCGGCCAGCACGUCAACAAGACCGAGUCGGCCAUCCGCCUGACGCACGCCCCCUCGGGCACCGUCGUCUCCAUGCAGGACCACCGCUCGCAGCAGCGCAAUCGCGAGGACGCCUGGAAGGUGCUGCGCUCGCGCGUCGCCGCCCAGCGCGUCGAGCGCCGCCAGGAGGAGGCCGCCCGCCUGCGCAGCAGCGUCCUCAGCCGUGCGCAAAUCACCCGCGGCGACAAGAUCCGCACAUACAACUACGGGCAGGACCGCUGCUCGGACCACCGCGCGGGCUUGGAUACGCAUAACUUGCCGGACGUGCUGGCGGGCGGGGAGACGCUCGAUAGGAUCAUGGGCGCGGCGAGGGAGUGGCUCGUCGCCCGCGAGGUGGAGGCUGUUGCAGCCGAGGAGGAGGCGAAGCAGCAGCAGCAGCAGGAGUGA